GGAAGAGGAAAAAAAUUGCAGCUUGGACAUUCCCAGGCUGGGAAAUUCAGCCGAGACGGUGGAGGAGAGAGGAGAGGAAAGUUUAUCGUUGCUUCUUUCAAUCUAUGAGGCUGAAAUCUUUCAUCAGCAGAAGGGAUCUGAGCUGGAGAAGCAACUGAUGAAGGAGAGAAAAAAAGACUGAUUGGAAGUGAAAAGAGAAAGUUUUUGCAGAGAAUGUGGAGAGGAAGCGGCAUCAGGAAAGGAGCUGAUGACCAUGUAGGAAUUCCUGACUGAAGUCAUGGGCUCGGAGGCGAUGGAGGACUGUGUGCAGGGGGCGCUCUCAUCACUUUACCCUCCCUUUGAGAGCACGGCACCACCCCUCCUCUCACAGGUCUUCUCAGUCUUGGAGUCAACCUAUCAACACGACAGUCUUCGUUACCUCCUGGACUUUUUUGUACCUGCUAAGCACCUCUUGCACAAACUUCAGCAGCAUGCCUGUUCUCAGUAUCUGGGYUGCUUGUUCCUGCACUCCGGCUGGCCUCUCUGUCUGGGUGAGAAAGUGGUUGUCCAGCUCUCCACCUUAGACUGGAGACUUCUGCGCAGCAAUGACUUCUACCUGCAGGUGGUGCCCUUCUCCACCCGGUGCCCCAGACUGGCCCUAAAAUGUCUGGCCCCCGGGGGUCGCACUGUUCAGGAGAUAUUGGUGCCUGAGUCGCAGCAUCCUCUCGUGUUCACAUCUGAGUGGCUGCACAGYAUCAACAAAGAGCGUGGUCACAAGAGAGAAGUUGGAGGAGGACUUGACACCUGUCUAGUCAGUACAUGUGAUGGUAUAGCGCGACUACCGUGGAAGGAAGUUGUUUACCCAAAGUUCAUCCACGACCCAUCUGAGGAGCUAGGCCUGAUGGCAAACCAUGAUAAUCUGAUACCCAGCCGCCUUCCCAGUGAGGGUGGGAGCAGCCUCGGGGGUUGGGGUGGCUCUUCCUCUGGAGAGCUGGACUCCUGGUCCUGGGAUGAAGAAGAGGAUGAAAGUCUACCACCUUAUGGCAUGGACCCCGCACUCAGACGAAGGCGUAGUGAAGAUGGGCUUGGGCGUACUGCGAGGCAGUCUCAGCUCGAUGGGGAUUAUGUCGAGCUUCUGGAGCCCAGAGGGGGUCCUGAUGGAGGGGUUGACUCCAGGCAGAGGUACCUAGAGAUGCAUGGGAUUUGUAAAACCAAGACUUUGCCAUUGUGCAGGAGAGGAAGGGCCAUCAAACUUCGAAAAGGGAAAGCCUGGACUUCUGGGAAAACAGAAAGAUCGGGAAGCUUUCGUGCUUAUCGUGGCGCCAAAGGAGAAGCAGUGACUCCAAAGGAGGGUGUACCACCACCAAAGCCUCCAAUAGCAGCUGGAGAACUUGGCAGAGUCAGGAGAUCUUACUCCUCCUCUGUCCAUGACUCAGAUGAUGGGGAUAAAACAAGCAAAGGCUCUGAAGGACAGGAAAGCCACAACCUUUAUUUUGAUGGCCARUUCAAGGAGAGAAGGCCGGGUGUGGGAAGAGAGCGAGACAGCAACGGAGCCACACAGUCAACCAGAGAUGGGCACAAAAAUAAAGACUCCCAGAGUAGUGACUGCUUGGUCACUAACGAAAUAUUUGACCUAACAAACCAUAAAGCUGAGUAUGUUGUAGAGGGUCAAUCAGAUCACGGAUCACAUUCAGACUCUGUUUUUGAGGAUACUGACAAACCACUGAGUGGAGACAGCGAUGCUAUUACCCCAACAUCGGACGCACCAGAGAGGCUCCUUACUGGAGUUUCAGAAAGUGAAGGAACURCCAACAGUGAGUCUAAAAUAAAGAUGUCACCAAAGCUGAAGGUCACAGAUGAAACGGAUAAAGGAAAGAUGGAGGAAAGAGUGUGUCCCAGAGGAAAGGAAGUUAAAACAGCGGGGUUCAGAGCACCACGGAGGAAAAGGAAGGGAAAGGGAGCCAAAGGGAAGGGUAAGUCUGGUGGUCGUGGAAACCAGAAAGGAGCAAAACUGCAGAGUAAAACUCCUCAGCCAAGCCCCACCACCAACUCUACACCAGCAAAAUUGCUGCUCACUAAGGAAAACCAGUCUAAACCAACUGAAAAUACUGACAAACCUGAUGGAGUGCCAACGACACAUAAAAGGAAAGAGGAUAYAAGGAGAAGCAGUGCAGCAGAGACAGAGGCUGAAUCUUUGCCUGYAUGCAAUGACCAGUCUGGCACAUCUUUCUUAAACCAAUCUACAGACGAGGCUGUGUUAGAAGGGACAUGCCCUGACCAAAUAAACAGUAUUACCUCCAAGGAGCCUGCUCUUCUCAGGGAACUGGAUGCCAAUCUGCUGCAGUCAGGGAAGCUGCAGUUGACAGGUACAGUCGACAGGAUGGGGCGGGGUCUGGUUUUCACGGACGCAGAUGCAUCAGAGGAGGGUUUCUGUGCAGAAAAUAUGGCCCAGACUCUGGCUUGCUACCACAGAAUCACGCGGCCUGAAGCCAAAGAAAAGGGUCUAACGAUGSUAAUCGACAGCAGACGCUCGCAACCAUCUGCUCUCUGCCUUUCUGCUCUGAAACUGUUCCAGGUGUUGGUUYCUAGCGGGCUUGGAUCUGUCUUGGUUUUGGUGGAAGAGCAACAGGAGUCUUUUGAGUUUUCUGUGGAAGGAACUGAGACUCACACAGUUCGGGGUACAGGAGUCCUCCAGCAGUAUGUUGACAGACAGCAGCUUCUCAAAGAGUUGAAUGGUGACUUCAGUCACUGUCACUCAGACUGGCUGGCCUUCAGACUGCGUCUGGAGCGACUGACAGAGUGCUGCGAGAGCGCCCUCUCCCUGCUUGGAGAAGCACUGCAGGCGAUGGAGACCGAGCCAAUACCGAACAACAUCCAGGCUGUUCCUCAGAGCGUAGACAAACACAGACAGCUCAUGGCGAGUGUCCUGGCUGACCAACGCUUGACUGAACUUCAGCAGAGAGGGGGGGCGUGGCUCGCAGGACUGACAUCUUGUUCGUCCGGCAUGGCGCAGAAGUCACCAGAUUGCAGGGCUGCUCUCACCACARCAUCUAAACUCUACAACAGCGUGGACGAUGCUCUCCAUAAGCUCGUCCAGGUGUCCAACCACAAGGGUCGAGAUCUAGAAGCACUGGGUCGACUKGCAGGACUGGUGGACAAACUGGAAAAGUGUGAUAAGGAGAUUGAGCAGGUGCAGUCCCAGCUGGAGGACUACAAGGACCCUCCUCUGUCUCUCAGCAGACUCUCUCUCAAACAACAAAAGUUCAGGACGUUCAGAGAAACGGCCAACGAGCUGCACAGUGGGACUCUGUCAGUCCUCAGUGAUCUGGAGAGCUGGUGCGAGCUGAACUGGUCGGGCCUAAGCGACGUCCAGAUUCGACUUCCUCCCGUAAGGGAGAAGCUGAGGGACAUGUCCCACUGUCUGUCCGACUGCUGGACCACUCUGGACAACACGCAGAGGCUGCUGUCCACUCUGACCGAGGCGACCCAGUGGUGCGACGCCGUCUCCUCCACCUCGUCCUCACCAUCGAGUCCUCCUUCUACCUGUCCUCUGGCGUCCCUUCCUCCGAUCCCCCCGUCGCGUUUCCAGGAUGCGCGGUCCUUAGCCAUGGAGCUCGGCGGUGGGGCRCUCCUCGAGCUCUGGACUCAGACGGUGGAGCGCUACCAGCAGACCGUAGCUCAGGUCAAACCCCGCUUCCUCCAGUCGGACAGGACCCAAACCCAGAACCAAGGGAAGCCCAAAACGCCCUCCGGCAGCAACGUCUGGGAUCUGAUGGGGCCCGAAGGAGAGGGGGACUGGGGUGUGGGAGCUGGAGGUGCAGAGGUGGGGUUACAGUCUUGGGGGUCCUUGGCGUCGCUGUUCAGACCGCAGACGUGCUCCACGCUGAAGAUAGGAGAGGAGAAAGGGAACAAGAAAGAGGGGGCAGGUGGAGGGAAUGGAAGCGGAGCAGGAGGAGCUGGAGGAGGGAAAUUCCUGCAGAACCUUCUGAAUCCUGCAAAGAAGAGUCCUGCGGAGACUCCGCUCCCCWCCAAGCCCCCCAGGAAGCGCCACCCGAGCUUUGACCUCCAGGCUCUUCUGGCCCCUCGCCGAGGCAACGCCACCCCCAAACCGGAUUCCCCCGUCGGCGGGCCGAGCCGUAACUCCCCUUUGUCCUGGCUGGGGCGAAAGACGUUAGCCGACCCGGUCGUCACCACCAGUCUGGCCGCGGCCGUCCCCGGGUGGGGCAGCGGAGGAGGUGGGGGGGUGUUGAUUCGAGGAGUGGAGGUCAGCAGCAAAGAAGUGGUGGACCACACGGGGUCGCCGCGACAACAUGUCCUGUUAGGCAGGACUGAGAGGGACACGGGGAUGGAUAGAGCUGGCUCAACUGCACAGAGUAAGUUGUACCUGCUCUGGUGCAGGAUGCUGAGCUCAGAGAGACAGUAUGURGCGGUCCUGAAGGGGGUCGAAGAAACCUACCUGCCUCUGCUGGAGCUCUAUGACACCCCAGCCUYCAUCAGGGGGAAGGCUGACUGUAUCUUCCCCUCCUGGACCAGCCUCAGCACCUUCCACGCUCAGAAUCUGCUGCCUGCCAUGGAGGGGGCUCUGGUUCAGAGUCUGCUGCAGCAGGACUGCUUCAGCAAAUAUCGGGAGCAGUUCCUUCAGUAUUCCCAGUACAUCAGAUUAAAACCAGAACUGGAUUCUCCACUGGUCACACAGGCUGCUGACUUCUUUAAGUCCAAACUGCCCCAAGCCUCCCCCCUCUCCCCUCUGUCCUUCCCUCAGUGCCUUCAGGCUCCCAUUCAGAGGCUGGAGCAGUACUGCGAGGCUCUCGAGGAGCUAGGGGGCCUAAACCCCGCCUCAGACUCCGCCCUCUCCAUCCUGAGACACGCCCAGCGGUACGGUGAAGACCUUAGGACCAGUGACCUCAUCAUUGGCUGUCCGAUCCCAGUGGCGGAGCGCGGCGAGCUGGUGAGGCAGGGUGAGCUCACGGUGUGCGGUGGGCCUCGCAGGAAGCGAGCGGGCCUCAGGAACGUUUUCCUCUACCAGCACGCCAUCAUCUUUACCAAACAGAAGAGUCCCAGCCCGGGGCGCACCGCCUACAGCUACAAACACAGCAUCAAGAUGGGGGAGAUGGGUCUGACUCAGWGCGUCGGCGACGAGGGCGUGAAGUUUGAGGUGUGGGUCCGGCAGGCUCCUCGAACCAGAGACUGCGUCACGCUGCAGGCUCAGGACCGGGGGGGACGGGAGGCUUGGACUCACGACAUCGCCCAUCUGCUGUGGACACAUGCCAUAAACAACACAGAGCUGUGUCUGAAGGAGUCCCUCUGUAUGGGAAUGUCCAGUAAGCUGCUGCUGGACGCCACAGGAAGCCCAAUUUCAGAACUGGACUCCAUCUGCAGCCUCAGUGACAGAGUCCACAGUAGCUGCUCCGACUCCUCCUCUGGUGGGAGUCAGAAGGAGGGGGGAUCCCCGGCAUCUGGGAGGGACCCCAGAUCAGACUCCAGAUCAACAAGCUACUCACAGAGUCAGUCUCCCUCCACAGCGGUGUGACUUCCAUCUCAUGUAACGUCAGACAUCCCUGAUCCACAUAUCAGUGAGGCAAACUGGAAUUCAAGGACCCAGAAGACAAAAGAGACUUUAUCUGAACUUCUCCCACCAGCCUGCUCUCCUGCCUCCCCCACUUCUCCUCGUACCCUUCACCUCCUUCUGAAAUGCAACACAAUGCCAAUGGAUUAGGCACAGCUGCACCAGCUCUGCGUCCAAACCGGAUCAAAAAUGCCACCCCACCCCUCCAUGUUUAAACCAUGACUGUCACCAGCAGGGCUCUCGCUGCUCGCCGCCAUUUUGGAUCAGCCAGUCUCAGUUGCUGGCAGAAUCACAGACACCAAAGGCACUUCACUCACACAGUGUGGCCAUUGUCCGCCCCGCAGCUCCCCACUAGGCCAAACCACUUUGGUCUGAACCACUGACUGCCUGCCUGGCUGGCUGACUGUACGCAUCACAUGCUUUGAGUAUCUGAUGGUAAACAGGAAGUAAUAUGCGGGSUGUAAACGCGGCGUGGGAUUGCAGAUUUAGAAUGUAUUAUGGACUUUAUCAUCCUCAUAACGCUGACUGGAAUACUGUAGGCUCUUUUUUUAUCUGGUAUGUGUAAAAAUGCGUGGUAUAAGCAAGGUGGGAUUGCAUCUAUGUAAAUUAGACACACACAGACACAUGUAUACACACACACACACACACACACACACACACACACACACACUGUGUCCAGUUUUAGAGCCUGGUACAGUGGUUAAAUGAGGCUCAGCUACAUCUGAUCAGAAAGCUUUGCUUUAAUGAGGAAGAGGAGGGAUUUGCAGUAAUAUAACCCAUUGCUAUGCAAUCUGUUGAAGUGUUUAUGUACUCUAAUGGUAUUUUUUAUUAUUAACAAUGGCAAGAACUUAAAGGCAAAAARGUAUUUAGUCUUUUUUAAGUAUAUCUACUACAUCUUGGUGCCUUAGGAUGUUCCUCAUUGUACUGUAUGUCAUACCUGUUAUUGUUUACUGGCUUAUUCUAUGUGCCAAAGGUAUAAAAUGGGUSUCAGUGCAAUGUUUGUAUGUACAAACCAACGUUAUUUUGUUAAGCUUUCUUGUUUGGURUAGUCCGACCAUGAAAUGGUAGGUGGUGGGUUAAAUCAGUUGCUUCAUUGUCAGUUUACAAGUUUUAUUCUUGUUUGGAAAAAACACAUCAAAACCUA